CCAGGCAUUCCUGAUGGGUGCAGGUUAUCGUCAGACGUCGUGUCGCCCACCACUUCAGCCUUGGCGAGAACUGGUCGAUGCCCUGCAUGGCUCGCCACACAUCUGCCAUUGGUGGGCGUCAACGUCCCCAGUCAAAAUCCCCAGCCGUGUCCAGCCUCUCGCAACAUGCGGUGAAAGGAUCUCUACGCUCUUGUUACAGAACUCAACCGCGUCGUUGAAGCUCAGCUAUCGCAUUCUCCCUCCCUCAGCAUAAUUGCGCCUGUUUCGCCAACGGUAUUCAAACCAGCACAUCGCUCCAUUCGCAGAAACCGGCCGUUUCUUGUCUUCUCUCGCCAGCACAACCGCAGUCGCCAUGGGUUGGUUCGGUGUCUCCAGCUCGUCCGGCCGCCAUUACACAUCUCGGCCUUCCUACCACAGGUCAAGCUCUACGCACUCGCGCGGCUCCUCGUUCUACUCGCGCUCGAGCUCGUACUACAAGCGGCGACCACGCGACGGGUACAUCGAGCGCCUCAUUCACAAGCUGAAACAGCUCUUCCGUGAGCUGUAUUACUAUGCGCGCCGCAACCCGGCGAAGCUAUUCUUCUUCGUCAUCAUGCCCCUGAUAUCGGGAGGGGUGCUGGCAGGAAUUGCGCGCCAGUUUGGCAUCAGGCUGCCAGAGUUCUUGCAGGGCAGGCAUGGCGGUGGCGGCAGAGGUGGAGGGUACUACGGCAGUCAUGGCUACGGAGACGACCACAGAAGAGAAAGUGGCGGAUUGGGCGAUUCAAUGGGUAGCCUUAUGACCAUUGCUAAGGCUUUCAUGUAAGCGAUGGUUGUCUUUUCAGAGACCUCUGGGCGUUUCCGCACCAUGAGCACUUCGACGACUUCAUGAUAUCAUUGACACUACGAUAUAUUACAGGCACGCUUAGUGUCUUUUGUUCGGGCUCGUAUUUGCACUCCAACAUGGACUUCUAUACUUGAUACGAGCCCUGUACUGAUAAGCAGAGGAGCUCGUGCGAAGCAGGUUAUGCGCUCGCAGCUCAUGUUAUAUACCAUUGAUGCGUAGAUCUCUCAUGCAGACUCACGUAUUCUUAACUAUUUGUCUCCAAUCCCAAUCUAACACAUCUGCUCUCUCUACUGCG